AUGGCAAAAAUACUUGAGAGGAUAAACGAGCUCCGAGUGCUACCCGAAGAACAGCAUCUCUUUUGCCCCCGAGUUGGCGACGAUGGAUCCGUAUACUACGACGAAGACAUUGCAGCCUACCCUCCCGAAACCGAUCCGGUCGAGCUCAAUACCCGCAAGCUGAAGCUCCGAGAAGCCGAGGAUCGAAAAUGGACAGCGCUGAAAGCCACGGAGAUAUUGGCAUUCGAUGGCGAGGAGGCAGCACCACACAAAGAAUGGCUGAUAAAGCGGCUCAAUCACCUUAUGCAGAGCUGCGAUGUCUGCGUGAGGGUUUUCCAUCAGUCCAGGGCGGAAUGGAGAACACGAUUGAUCGAUUCCUAUGACGAGGAGAACAUCGGCGACUUCUUGCAGGUAGUGGACGAGCAAUGUCUGGGCCGCAUACAUAAGGGGUUGGACGAGGCGAACGUCAUCCUGAGCAACGCCGAACCAAGAGCUCGCUCAGUCCGACUGCUGCCCAGCGAAUGUACCUACGGUUUCUUCGAAGCCCUGAGCUGCGACGCCCUGAUACGAAACGAAGAGCUCCUCCAGCGACACUUCGAUGCGCCAUUCGAGAUGGUCCAGACAAAGAAGCGUUUAAAAGUCCAGACAUACCUUCCAGCCAUGACCCGCUUCUUGUUCAGCAAAAACGAGAGACGCCAGAAAUGGGCAACGGAGUCCUGGUCCACCUUCAAGCGCAAUCUACUGAAGUCAGAAUUCGAGUGGGCUGUGCGGGAUCACUUCGUGAACGUUAUGCUGAAAGUCCAGAUGAGCAAUCUGGAUUUAUCUCUUGUCCCUCUGUUCUGGAAUGGGGCUCGUCUGAUCAUCGGGAGAAUGGAUAGGGAAUUGAUUACGGAUUCCAUUCGGGGCCUCGAUGGAGAGUUCUACCGGUUGAUGCUAGACCACCUUUCUCUGAGGUCAGAAGGCUUUCUUGAUCUGAUCGCCUCCAUGAAGCAGUUGCUGGAGAAGUCUCCGGUCGAUUUCUGGGAUGGCAUGAAUGCUGUCACCCCAUCAAUUGCCACCGUUGUGGAGCAGAUUCUCAACAGCCCUAUCCUAAACCAAAUCCUGCUUGCGGCAACAGAAGAAGAUGAGCAAAGUAUGAACAACCUCAAUGCAGCGUUCAGCUGGAUUCCGCCUUUUCUUACAUCCAUCAAAGAGGCGAAUCUUGGCCCAGCUGUGAGACCCUUUGCCCAUGCGCUCUUCGGUCGCUUUCAGUCUGACCAGUAUUCGCGGACGGCCCGGACACAUUGCUUCAAGGAGGGAUUGAAAGUAUUGGAUUACGCGUUUCGCAAAAUGGGAGAAGGUAAGACCAUAGAUAAAUUUGUGGGACAGCCGACAGUGAAUGGCAUGUUGGAUAUGCUUUCAACUCACAUACAGCUGCUGGUCACGAGCUUGAAGCGAUUCAAGAGUAGCAAAGACCACCAGGUAGAUCUGCAGCUGGCUCUUUCAGUGAUACAACAUGCUUUCCAGCUAGAAGCGCAAUCGUUGAUCAUUGAGAGGCAGCUGAUCUCUGCUAAGCAGCCGUCGCCUACCGAGACACCGCCGUCUAGUCCGAUAUGGAAGACCGUCCUGAGGGCGAUAGACUCGGAUAGUUUGGAGCUAGCUACACAUCUCCUCAUUGCUGGCCGAGGGCUCAUUGGGCUUGAACUGCUACAAAUGAAGUCUGGGGUCGACAAGGUACCCGCCACCGUGCGGCACUUCAACGAUCGCUUCAAGCUGCUGUCUCAGUCCAUCACCGAUGUGGUCGACCGCUUGUCCGAGUUUGAUCCUUCGCAGCUCCAGGCACUCUUCGGUAAGCCAGCUGCAGCUUCUGCCAUUGUUUCGCUGCUCUUCUCGUCGACUGAAGACACCAGAAACUCUGCCAUUGAGCUUUUGAAGGUCAUCAGCUUAGAAGAUGAACGACGAAACGCACUACAGCAUAUUCUGAGAGUUCACUACAAGAACGUAAUCCUAGGUAUCUCAGAUUCGGUUCGGCAGGUCCGACAUAAGAAGGCUUUCGCUCCAGCUCCGAGCAUGAUCAGAACCUGCUCGGAUAUUAUCGAUGUCAUGUGCAAUUCGCAAGACGGUAUAUUAAGAGCGCGGAAUUUCGACUCUGGAGAUGCUGGGGCGACGAUGAAUCUCUGGAAGAAUCUGUGGGACUCGCUCACGAUGAUAUUCGCCACCACUGAGGCCUGGAGCAACCUAGGGUUCUACAAUAAACACAUGAUGAUGGAUUUCUGCCGAGACACUAUGCAGUUCGCAGAUAUGCUGUUUGAUCAAUGCAGUAUUUUUGCUACUGCUUUGAAAGGAUCUUCGACUGAUGAGGAGGAAGGCACGUCAAAGACGGAGCUGCUUCAAGAGCUUCUCGCACUGCCUGCGAAUGCGAUGGAAGGCUUAGCCAAGUGGCUGCGUCUUCGCGAUGAGUUCUUGUCUAGCAAGUCUGUUACUUUGAUCAGCAAGCUACUUGUUCGACUUCACCGGGUGUCCAUUGAAAUUGAUCCAGAUACACUCUCCUAUAUGGAGAGGGUACUCUCUGGCGAUGUUCGUGCCAAACUCAGCACGACGCAACAAGCUGAGCUGCAACAAGCUCUCGAAACCCAUCUAGGCCGUUCUCUUGUCAAGGAAGAAGAACCGGUCAAGCCAAAGCAAGCCUCGAUUGAGAAAUGGAUGUCCACUGGUGCAACAUCUUCACCUGCAGACGCGAAGUCGAAACUGCUGGCUAGUUUAACCUCGGGAUCUGCUGCUUUCCAGGAGCGACGGGACCAGAUGAGGGCUUCGGAAUCCAAAGCUACGAAGCAGAAGGCUAUUGAUGACCAGAAGAACGCCCAGCAAGCGGAGUUUAGGAGAAAACGCCAACUUGAACUGCAGAAACGAGAGAAGGAGAAGGCCGCAGCGAUUGCCAAAGCGAAAGCAGCUAGAGGUGUGUCUAUGCAGAUUGCUGAAGCUGGCUCUGGUUUGGAAGGGCUGGGUGUCUUAGGCAAAGAUCAAGCUGCAAAGGGUGAGGGAUUGAUGCAUUCCUCUGAUGAGUCUGACGACGACGACGGCGACAUCGAUGAGGACCUCUUUGGCAUUAAGAAGGCUAAAGUGAAGGUCGGGUCGAAGACCAAUAUCGUCAAUGAGAUCAAGGUCCAGAUGCCAAUUAAGAAGAAGAGGGUUCAGCGAUCUGUCAAAGACAUGCGCGCUCGCCUGGCCCCUGAUUUGUCGUCGCUGCACCGUACCAUACUCGGCUGGGACUACUUCCAUGAAGGUGACUUUCCACCAAAGUCAAGGCCAGAUAUCUACUCCAAAGUGCCUAGCACCUUCCGCACGCCCAACGAUUAUCAGUCAACUUUCGAGCCCCUGUUGACCCUUGAAGCAUGGCAAGGGUUUGUCAAAGCCCGCGAAGAUAACCAAGCUAAACCGUACGAGGUCCGUAUUACGUCGCGGGCCAGUGUAGACGCGUUCCAGGAAGUGGGCAGCACGAUGACACAUGUCGAGAACAAGGAAGUCACCAUCUCGGAGGGAGAUAUCAUACUUCUGUCGCAGUCCAAGUCUCCCUCUGCUAAUGAGCCGACAUGUCUAGCCAGGGUUUUCCGCGUGAAGAGAAAGCAGCAACAUAUUGAGGUGUCGUACCGUGUCGUACCGGGCAAUCCCUUGUCAUCCGCAUUGCAACCAAACAACACACUCCUCGGCACCAAGCUCCAAUCCAUCACCCCUCUGGAGCGCGAGUAUGGUGCACUGAAGGGUCUACAGUACUACGAUCUGUGUGACGAGAUUAUACGGGCAAAACCUUCCCCACUACUAACCUACAAAGACACUCAGAUCCAACCACUGAUCUCCACCUACAACGUGAACAAGGCGCAGGCGAAAGCUAUCAAGUCAGCUAUUGACAAUGAUGCCUUCACUCUCAUCCAAGGACCGCCUGGUUCGGGAAAGACCAAGACAAUUACUGCAAUUGUUGGAGCGAUUCUCACAGACAGCUUUCGCGAUCGCGGUACGACUAUAGUCGUUCCUGGGCAGCAACGUUCCAAUGCAGUCUCUAAAAAGCUGCUGGUUUGUGCACCCAGUAACGCUGCUGUCGACGAGUUAGUCAUGCGUUUCAAAGAUGGCAUCAAGACAAUGAAUGGCGAAGAGCGCAAAGUCAACAUUGUGCGUUUAGGUCGCAGUGAUGCUAUGAAGGCCAACAUUCAGGAUGUAACCCUGGGAGAGCUGGUUAACAAAAGACUGGGCGUAAACCCGGAAAGCGGCAGAGAUGCAGAGGCGACGCGCAAACUUUUCCAAGAUCACAAGCAGAUCUCUGACCAGCUCAGACAGGCCUAUGAGCAAAGGGACAGUGCGGAAUUGAAGGGAGAGGCAGCGUCAAAGCUCGCAGAUGACAUCAAUGCUUUGCGACGACAAAAGACCGCACUUGGAACACAGAUCGACAAUGCUAAAGACGACGAGAAACUCGCAAGUCGAAAUGCGGAUCUAAACCGACGACGAGCCCAGGAAGCAGUCUUGAACGAUGCUCAUAUUAUUUGUGCCACCUUGAGCGGAUCUGGGCAUGAGAUGUUUCAGGGCCUAAGCAUCGAAUUCGAAACGGUCAUCGUGGAUGAGGCCGCGCAGUGUGUUGAGAUGAGCGCCCUUAUUCCUCUCAAGUACGGUUGUGCGAAGUGUAUCCUAGUCGGUGACCCUAAGCAACUGCCCCCGACUGUGUUCUCAAAGGAAGCUGCACGCUUCCAGUACGAGCAGAGUUUGUUCGUUCGGAUGCAGAAGAACCACCCUGACGACGUGCAUCUUCUGGACACGCAAUACCGUAUGCAUCCUGAGAUCAGCCUAUUCCCCAGUCAGACGUUCUACGACGGUAGACUUCUGGAUGGUGGCGAUAUGGCCGGCCUGCGUAAGCGGCCAUGGCAUCAGAGUAGCCUACUUGGACCGUAUCGCUUCUUCGACGUGCAGGGCCAGCAUCAAGCUGAGCCGAAGGGGCACUCGCUCAUCAAUAUUGCGGAGAUUAAAAUCGCGAUGCAGCUGUACAAGCGCCUUACCUCCGACUACCCUGACUAUGACUUCAAGGGCAAAGUCGGCAUCAUUACACCGUACAAGAGUCAACUGCGCGAGCUCAAGUCACGCUUUACGAAUGCCUACGGUGCUUCAAUUAUCGAAAACAUCGACUUCAACACGACAGAUGCUUUCCAAGGCCGAGAAAGCGAGGUCAUCAUCUUCUCCUGUGUGCGAGCUUCUCCCUCGGGCGGUGUCGGUUUCUUGCAAGACAUUCGCCGUAUGAAUGUGGGUCUCACACGUGCCAAGUCAUCGCUGUGGGUGCUGGGUAACUCACGAUCACUUGUCCGAGGAGAGUUCUGGAAGAAACUCAUUGUCGAUGCAAAGGACAGAAAGCGGUACACUGAAGGUGACGUGCACAAGAUGUUAAGCCAGCACUCUAGAAAGUUCCCGGCACUGAAGGAGGCCUACGUACAACCACCUCGCCCGAUGCCGGAAGUCAAGUCAGAGCCAAUGAAUUGGUCAGGAAGUAUUCAGUCGAAUGGAUCGUCCGGCGUGGAUCAAAAGCCCAGCAAGCAAGAAGUCAAGCAGGAGAUCAAGAUCGAACAAACACUUGUCCACCACGGUAAGCGCAAAUUCGAGCACGACAGCAAUGGCAUCGAGGAUGUCAAGGUCAAGGUUGAGCGUGGCGACGUUGAGAUGGAAGAAGCGCCCUCUGAUUCGGCGUCGAAUACGCUCAAUGGAGGCAGUGACCGCUCAACACCAGCAGCGUUCAGGGAUGGACCGCGCAAGAGCGCUACGCCUAGUAUUGAAGCGAACAACGGGACGGAUAGUACUGAAUCUUCUGCUGCUCCGGGCAAUGCAAUGGGGGGCAUGACGAAGCCGAAGAUUCGAAGGCGACCGCGCGAACCGCCCAAUCCAUUUAUCAAACAGAAGAAGCCGAAGACGGGCUGA